AUGAGCGACCACGUGUCGGACGACAUGCUCUGGUCCCUGGACAACUUGAUCAAGCACGACACUGGCGCCCAUAUCGACGACGAUGACGACCUCGUGCGUACAAGUUUCUACACGCAGGACAAUGCCCUCGGACGCUCGAUGGUGGGCAAUGACCUGGUCUUUGGCCGUCGAGAAUCCGCGCGUUUGCCGCCGCAUCACAACCGUGAGACGGUCACCAGCCACAGUGGCGGUUACGGACGACUCACUGGUUUAGUUGGCUAUGGAAUCGACGAGGACGAGUUGACGGACGACGAGGCCAUUGGACCCAUUGAAGAGCGACUCCCUGCGACGUUGAGUGCUCGGCAGCCAAUUGUUAGCAGCACGAACAGCUGCGCGAGACAGUCGUUAAAUCGACGCAGUAUUAGUGAAGGUACGGACCGGUCCUUGUCGUUCGCGUCAGAGGAGGACUUGAAUACUACUGGAAACAGUGGAUCGUCGUCGUUAGCGCAUCGAAAACGCUCGACGCGACGCUUGAGCGAUGGCGAUCAGGGGACGUAUGAACAACGGAUUGAAGCGUCUCUUGCUGGGUACAUUACGAAAUCCUUGAAUGUCGAGUCUCGCAUGGCAGCUGAAGCACAGCUGACGCGACAAUUUACGAUCAAGGAUCUUGCCCACUUCUACCCGCAGUUUGGACGGGAUAUCUACCUUGAACAACUUGGACGUAGUCUACAAAAUGAAGAAGGAGGCGAAGUGUCGCUGGCGUCGUAUCGUCGAUCGACGAUGCAGAGAAUGUCGACGGCGGAAGAUAUAAUUCGACAGGGAUGGAUUUUUAAGCGUGGGGAAGUAGUCCCGAGCUUUCGGAAACGCUGGUUUACGCUACGUAGGAUGCCACAAGGACCGAUGCUGACGUACGCGAAGGACAGUAACGAAGAUUCGCCAACUAAAGUGGUGGAUCUGAGCUCGACAUCUCGCUGCGUGGUUGUCACGGGCAAGGGUGCUAAGGAGCACGAGUUUAAGGUCGUGACGUCUGCCGAUUCUUCGCGGCGUGAAUUCUGCAUGUUGGCAGCGUCGAGCUAUGAGAUGACUCAGUGGGUGUGCGCGAUUCAAGCCGCAAUCAACUCGGGAAAUCGCUCAACGUUUGAUGGUGUGAACGAUUUCCAGCAGCUGUGGCACGAAGCUGGCAUCCAGGGAUUUUUAGUUCGCUACGGCGUGCGCAAGUGCAGUUCUCGGAAUCGUCUUCAAACUAGGGUUCUUGAGCUGAAUUUUGCCGAGCAGACUCUUACUAAUUCGAGAAGAGGAGAGACUCUUACAACAUUCCAUUUUACAGACAUUCGCGGUACAUCGGUAAGCAGUGUGUGCUCCCGUGGGGAGGAGUAUGGUGUCAGUAUCGAUUUCCACGGACGCCAUCGAUCGUGGCCGAUUUUCUUGGACACUAGAGAAGCACGUGAUGACUUGUUUGCGAUCUUGAAGCGGAUCGUAGAUAACGUAGUAUCAGGAGACGACCUUGAGAAGCGAUCGUCUCGUUUGACGCUGAAGACUGGCCAUCUGGAGACAAAAAAUGCUGGACCGCAUGCGACUUUGCGUGGCCGUCUGUUUGUAUGCCUUCACGAGAACUGCAUCAUGUUUUAUCCAGCAGAUGGAGAUUCGAGCACACGGCCGUGGUAUGUUGUCGCUCUGAAGGGACUCCGUAUUGCGGUCAGAGAAGAAAAGCGCCUUCUUUAUAUUAGUCGAUUGGCGUUAGGAUGCGCGUCUGCAGCAGAAUGUCGCGCCUGGUAUGACGCCAUCUCAGCAGCAAUGUGCCUGCCAUCGGAGAUCAUUGAAAUCGAGCUGAAGGAGCGAGCAAAGAUACGCUCCAUCUUUCAGUCGUGUGUGGCUCGACUGCGAAAGUUGCUCAAGGCCAAAGUGACACCCGAGUCGAGCGGUCCACCGAAAGACCAGAAAGCAGUGAAUAUGAUGAUCAAGAAGCUUUGGGGACUUGUUUUUCCCGGAGAGCCGUUUACGUCGAAUAAUGAUCCAAAGUGGCUGGAAGUUGGAUUCCAACGAGGAGGCCCGGCUUCUGAUCUUCGUGCAAGCGGAUUGCUUGGCCUCUAUUGUCUUAACUUCUUUGCCGGUUACCCAUCGAGUGAGUUCCAGCGCAUAUUGGAACGCACGCGACAUGGUGUGAGUGAAGGCAACAUGAAGAAUUAUCCGCUGGCCAUUGCGUGCAUCAAUGUGGCCUCGAUUUUGACUGAGACGCUUGGUCUGGGUGACGCUGGAACACACUCGGAAGGCUGCUCGCUCAAUGCUAUGAAAGUGUACAGUCACUUGGUCGCGCAGAGUGUCAGUGAGUCACGGUCUGCCAAGAGAACGACGACGUACUUGUCGUCUCGGCCGUUGAGUGCGUAUGAGUCCUGGGAAGAUGUUGUCGAUGAAGCGGAGAACUACGUGUUCGAGAUAAUCUUUUGUCUACUUUUUCCGGUCCUGGACUCGCUCUUCGUUGAAAUGGGAGCGGGAUACAUGGAGUUUGGGCAAGUCAUUACCGCGUUUCGGUGCCGAGUGAAUGCUAUCUUCGACGCUCAACCAAAGUCACUGAAGAUGCUUCAGAAGUUGGCGAGUGAGCCUUGUACCGACACACUUUCCGUGCCCUCGGUGCUGAGUAGUAGGCACAUGAUAAGCAAGAGUAGUAGGAGCAAGAAAGUGGGAGGUAUGUUGCGUAACGAAAGCAGUCGAGAAUAG